AUGAAGAGUACCCUUUCAAAACUUCAGAAUUUAAGAAAUGAAGAUGCUGACCGGAAUGACAGCGAAAGAGCAAAGGAUGUGAGUCCAUCAGAGUUUCCCAGAAAUCUUUCUGAGAAAUUACAGUUACUUCUUAAAGAAACUCAACAAGAAAAAUCGGACCUACAAAAACAGUUGAGCCAACAGCAAAAGUCUCGUUCUGAACUGGAAGAAAGAUUGAAAACCGAACAAGUAUCAAGUCAAUCUCUCCAACUCCAGCUCGAAGCAAAUGAGCUCUCUAUUAGAGAACUACGACUUGAAGUUGAAGAGGGGCGUCGACAGAAGACAGCUUUGGAGGAAACAGUAAGACGUCUGCAGCUUCAAAUUGCAGAGGAAAUGGAUAGGCAUGCAACCAUUGAAAGGGAUUUACAAUUAGCCCUCUCUACAACUCAAGCGGAAUUGUCAGAGCUACGAGGCAACACGCGAGACUGGAUCAUACUACGUGAAGAAGUUACUCUUUGCAGAAAAGUCUUAGGCAAUGGAGCCUGGGGAACUGUUAGAGAGGGAACUUUUCGCGGUUCCAAAGUUGCUGUUAAAGAAAUUCAUGAACUAAUUCUCUCUGAUCACAAUCGUCGACUAUUUGAACGAGAAAUGAACAUCGCAUCGCGCUGUCGCCAUCCAAAUCUGUUGCAGUUUAUUGGCGCAACAAAUAACGAUGGUAGUCCAUUGUUUGUAACUGAGUUACUCGAUAGUUGCCUGAGGCGUUUGUUAUCCGAACUAGAAAUAACUCCCAAGGAAAUUUUGAACCUUGCUUUAGACGUCGCUAAAGGUCUUAACUACCUCCAUCUUAAUAAACCGCUUCCCAUCAUUCAUAGGGAUAUCAGCAGUGCAAACGUGUUGCUUUGGAGAGGAGACGAUUCUUGGAGGGCUAAGUUGUCUGACUAUGGAGCGGCAAACUUUAUGCAAAAGUGCAUGACAGCAAAUCCAGGGGCUAUGAUUUAUUCAGCACCAGAAGCUUUUACUCUAAAACAAUCACCAAAGGUAAACAUUUUCUGUUUAGCUUUCCCGUAGUCCGGUCGAGGGAGGGCGUUAGCACGUUUUAGUUACUCUAUUGUAACAAGCUAGGUGCAAUUCUACUUCCUAACCCACCAUUGAAAGGUGUGAAGUUACAACUGGUGUCAGGUAAUUUUUUUAAAUAAAUAUGAUCUUUGUGAAAAACUUCCACGCUGUUUGUUAGAGUUCCUAUGGGUUGGUUAAUAGUUUGG